GUUACCAGGAUCUCUCUUUCUCCCUCUCCUUCACAUUCGGUCUCACUAGGUUAUUCUGUCUUCCUCCAUCAGGGAUGUGUGUCGCCAGCUGCUCCAGGUGUGUGGGUGUGUCCCUUGUUCCCAUGGCAUUUGUGUGCAUGCUGGCCAAUGGCCUGUUGCUGUUGCCAGACCUUCAGGCACGCUACCUGUUGGACGGUCACGUGACCAGAGAGGCCCGGUGGUGCACAGGCCUGUGGGCCUCUGGAUUCCUGGUUCUUAUUGGAGCUCGGGGGUUUGUGAUUGGCAGCUCAAGGGAAGGCUGCUGUGCAUACAGGAUAGAGAUGCUGUGCCAAGUGGGGUGUUCCUGCGUGGCUCUGGCUGCUGCAGCCUUUUGCUGUCUAGUGAGCGCUACAGGACUGGUACAGGGACCACUGUGUCUGCACAACAGCACACAAGGUCUGGCCUGGGAGAUGCCACUCAAACCACAGAAAAGCGGAGAUCCCAUCUACCUGUUUGAUAGAACAUUAUGGCCGGCGGCCUGCGAGGAGCCACGCAACGUUGUUCAAUGGAAUGUAGUGCUGUUUUCUGUUCUCAUGGCAACCAGUGGACUGCAGGCCGUCCUUUGUGCAGCACAUACAAUCAAUGCUAUCCUGGGCAUAAUAUUUGGGCCAAGAUUCUGCAAAAACAAGGUCAGUCCAGCUUGAGGACAUCAUCCAGGAACCUAAUUAGGAGCAGGAAUGAAGGACCUCCCGAAUUAAGUACUGUAGUUACUAGAUGCUGAUCUUAGGUCAGUUUUACAUAUUUCCCCCUAAUGGAUGAGGUCAGGAUUGUGCGAGGUUUAGCUGAUCCUGGAUCUAUGCUUACAGGCAGCUUCUACCACCUCUGAACAAUGGUUCUGGCCACCAGUCAGCAUUUCACGAACUAAGAGGCAGACUUGCACUUUAAAGAAAAAAAUCAUAAAAUAGCAUAUAUUUAAUAUGAUUUUAUUAUGUUUUAAUAAGCUAACAGAGUAAAACAGGGAGACAAAAAGGAAGAUUUAGUAGAGGAUAGAGGUUAGAUGGGAUGGGGAGAAACUGUUUUGGAGUUUGGAGUUUUAUAUACCUAGAUGAUACCAUUCAGACAGCGGUCUCUACACUUUGCUUGCAAGUUGGCACUCUUAUUGUUGACAGUAUGUACAC